AUGGUUCAGUCCAUCGUUAGGCCUUUGCGGUAGGGAGUUGUUUGGCGGACCCUGUAAGUUUACCUCUACUUUACAUGUUGAUUUGGUUUGACCGAGGAGGGCCAACGUCUCGACUUUUAUCACCACUGGCCUCAUUAAGUACCCCUUUCGACGGACCAUUAAAUCAGAGUGCUUCAGGGCGUGGUGAAUGCGUUCAGAGCUGAAGAGGGCAGAGAGGUAUCGGUGAUUCUGAGCGGAGCUGAUGAUGCCGACGUUGCGGGACAGCACCAUGUCCCACCCCGGCGAAAAUUCCCACCAAGUCCGGGUGAAGGCGUAUUAUAAAGGGGACAUCAUGAUCACUCAUUUUGAACCGUCCAUCUCGUAUGAAGACCUUCACGGGGAGGUGAAAGACAUGUGCGCCAUGGACAACGACCAGCUCUUCACCAUGAAGUGGAUCGAUGAGGAAGGUGACCCUUGCACUGUAUCGUCUCAACUGGAACUAGAGGAAGCUCUGAGGCUCUAUGAACUCAACAAAGACUCAGAACUUAUUAUACACGUGUUUCCAUGUGUACCUGAGAAACCUGGCAUGCCGUGUCCAGGAGAAGACAAGUCGAUAUAUCGUCGUGGCGCCCGGCGAUGGAGGAAGCUUUAUUAUGCGAGCGGUCACGCUUUUCAGGCCAAACGCUUUAACAGGCGGGCCCACUGUGCCAUCUGUGCAGAUCGAAUCUGGGGUCUGGGAAGACAAGGCUACAAAUGCAUCAACUGCAAGCUGCUGGUGCACAAGAAGUGUCAUAAACUGGUCACAGUGGAGUGUGGCAGACAGAUGAUCCAGGAACCAAUAAUGCCCGGCCCACCACAAAGUCACUUAGACCCAGCUGAACACCAAGGCCCUCAGCAUAAAGACUCCAAAGAAAGCUUGAAUUACGACGGAGAGGAGAAAGAGGCGCGGAGCAGAGUCACGGGGAAAUCGCCCGCCAGCCUGGGCCUCGCUGACUUCGAUCUGCUGAGGGUUAUCGGCAGAGGCAGCUACGCGAAAGUGCUGCUGGUGCAGCUGAAGAAGACGGAGCGCAUCUACGCCAUGAAGGUGGUCAAAAAGGAGCUAGUCAAUGAUGACGAGGACAUCGAUUGGGUCCAAACAGAAAAGCACGUCUUUGAGCAGGCGUCUAACCAUCCGUUCCUGGUUGGCCUCCACUCCUGUUUCCAGACAGAAAGCAGACUCUUCUUUGUUAUUGAAUAUGUAAAUGGGGGCGAUCUCAUGUUCCACAUGCAAAGACAAAGGAAACUUCCAGAAGAACAUGCCAGAUUCUACUCAGCAGAGAUCAGUCUGGCGCUAAACUACCUCCAUGAGCGGGGAAUCAUCUACCGAGAUUUGAAACUGGACAACGUACUGCUGGACUCUGAGGGACACAUCAAACUUACAGACUACGGAAUGUGCAAGGAGGGGCUGAGACCAGGUGAUACGACAAGCACUUUCUGUGGUACUCCCAAUUACAUCGCUCCUGAAAUACUCAGAGGAGAGGAUUACGGUUUCAGCGUGGACUGGUGGGCACUGGGGGUGCUGAUGUUUGAGAUGAUGGCGGGACGAUCGCCGUUCGACAUUGUCGGUAGCUCUGACAACCCCGACCAAAAUACAGAAGACUACCUCUUCCAAGUUAUAUUGGAAAAACAGAUCCGAAUCCCUCGCUCGCUGUCUGUCAAAGCUGCCAGCGUUCUAAAGGGAUUCCUCAACAAGGAUCCCAAGGAGCGUCUGGGCUGCCACCCUCAGACAGGCUUCGCCGACAUCAUGGGCCAUCCGUUCUUCCGAAACGUUGACUGGGAUCUUCUGGAGCAGAAGCAGGUGGUCCCUCCGUUCAAACCCAACAUCUCAGGGGAAUUCGGACUGGACAACUUCGACGCCCAGUUCACCAACGAGCCCAUCCAGCUCACACCCGAUGACGACGAUGUGGUCAAGAAGAUCGACCAGUCAGAGUUCGAAGGCUUCGAGUACAUCAACCCUCUGCUGAUGUCUGCGGAGGAGUGUGUGUGAGAGAUGUGACAGCUUGUCCUUGUGAAGACCACCCACACACACAUACACACUUCAGUACGUGUUUACGUGGCGUCGCAGUGUCUUCAAACUGCAUGGUUAUGAGACGAGCCGGCGACAUCCACCUUUUGUUCGAGGGCCACACGUGCACAGCAGAACGCUUAUUUGCCAAAACCAGUCUCACACUCUGCCAUUUAUAACCACUUGCCCUUAAUUCUACCUUCUUUCAUAAUUAUUUUUAUACCAUGUAAAUGUUUUCAAAUAUCAGUUCUUUAUUCAGUAAACAUCAUGGCCGCAACGUUCUUCCAGGGUUGCUGUACGUGGGUGUAGGAGAGGCGAGUCACAGCCGACUGAGCAUCCACUCCUUUCAGCUGGCGGGGCGUUUCCAUGCGUAUUUUAUUUGUAAAUAAUUAUUAAAAAAAACAUUAGAUGGAGCUUCAAGCCACACAAAUGGCAUGUUAAUUGCCAUCUUUGUCUGGUAUAUCAUAAAAAAACAUAACACUAGCCUUAUAAAAAGAUGAAAAUAUAUAUUUUCUCAUAUUUUAUUUAACAUAAUCUGAGUCAUAAAUGUUACACAUCUAGUUGGGGUAAGUGAACGAGACAAGCGCUUCAAAUCUGAGAAAAUAAAAGCUUCAGGUCCCAUAAUGAAGGAAACCAAACUGGAGUAUGACGCUAAUGUUGAGUUGAUGCUCUCAGACUGUGAACGAAUGAGCUGGAAGAAUAGCACAAAGUACCUGAAUGCCCGAGCACAGGUUAAAUGUUGCCGCGCAGAAUUAUACACACACAGGACCAAAAAACCCAACAUUUUUAUGAAAAAUGUCUAGCUGGUACUUGUUAGAUGGUACAAAAAAAUGUGCUGUCCUAGGUCAUAGAAUUUAUACAUUCAGAUAUCUUUUCUCAUUUGUAUUAUUGUUAUAUAUUUCUGAAACAUAAUCUCUUAUUGUUUUUGGAUUUUCUUCAUUCCAUGUUUGUCGUUUCGUUUGUCGACACUGUUGAUUCAAGAGCUCGGUUUACAGUCUAAAUCUACAGUUUUUAGUCCUAAACUGUGGCUUUAAGCCUGCAGCCCUACAUUUAGACCUUUGAUGUGAGGAUUUUCUAAAACAGCUUUAAAGAUCUGAACUCUCCACCUCCUGAAUGUAACACUAGGAAAUGGUCCAUGUUUAAGAACAUGCUUUGGGGCUCAUGUGGUCAUAUUCUACUGUUACUUUAUUGUUACUUUUCUGUUCAUUCAGAUUUUUUUAAAUGAUCACUACAUUUAUUCCAAAACGUUAUGGGGUGUGAACCCGCUGUUAACACUAUUGUUUGUAUUUGUUUUGUGUUUUGCAGAUGUUUUAUCAUCUGUACAACUUUAUUAUUAGUGCAUUUGAGGAAAAAAAUCCAGAUGGUAAAAUAAACAUUUUAUUCCUCUUCUUGUAA